AUUGGUUUUUUGAAUUUACAACAUUUUCAUUUGGUAUAUUUUGGACUUCGCUUUCAUUAGUUUGUGUGUAGUUUGUUCUCGGAGCUUAAUUUAAUAGAUUUAGUUCAGUUUAUAGAUGAAAUAUUGUGAAUCGAUCAUUCAUGAAGUUUUCUUUGGUACGGGGUAAUACGACGGACGUCCCUACUCCUGUCGGCCAUUGAAAAUUGAAAAUUCAGAAAAUGGAAAUUUUCUUUCGGUGCGACAUGUUUUUUUAUGAAUUUAUAACGUUUACCUAGUUUAAUCGUGAUGAAAUAUGUAACAAAUGUUUUAAAGUAAAUGGCCGUAUUUAUCAAUAAAGUUUAUAUAUCUGAACAGGCCAUACAUUGAGAAAGACGCUUUCCCGGCGGAAACUAUCAUUGAGAUAAUUUUACUAUUGUAUUAAAAGUAUCAUUAUGGCUAAAGUAGAGCAGCCUAUAUUUAUUUUGCCGAAAAAACGAAACGGCAAAAAGCAGAAUGCCGUUGCUGGUCAUGUUGAUCAUAUAAUAACUGUCCAGGGAGCAGCGGAUACAGAAUUGCCAACCAAAUAUAUAAAUGGCUUGUCACCAGUAAAUGAACAUGUCAAUGGCAUCAUACAUUCAACCAUGGAUGGCCUAAAGUCUAAUAUGAAAAUUAAUCUCCCGAUUAUCAAUGAUGUAAAUGACGAAGACUUGAUUGAUACAAAUAUCCUUGUUGAUGCACAACAUAAAUUGCAAAAAAAUGGUUACCAAGCCCUUUCUACUAUACACAACAGUCGUGAAAUAAUAGAUUUAUCUCCAAUUUAUGAGAAUUCUUCCGAUGCCUGUUCCAGCCUUGGUGACUUGAGAGAGACCAUGGAUAUAGACACCCAAAGAGGUUGCAGAAUACUAAACUCUGACAAUAAUGAAAGCUCUUGUGCAACUCCCAAUAGUUUGUCGCAAACUCAAUCUGAGAACAGCUUUGAAAUGGGACCCCUCACUGAUAGUCUUAAGAAUAGUGCAAAAAGGAAAAAGCGUGUUAAUAUUGUACCGGGAGUUAUCGAUUCUGAAAAUCCGGAUACUGAAAUAACCACUCUAAGAGUUGAAUCAGAAGGUUCGAUUUCACCUUCAUCAUUAACUGACAACUCCAAAGAUGGGUACUUAACAAUGACUGGAACAAUCAAGCGAGGAAAAAAGAAAGGACAAAAUGUGGAUGUGAAAUUGAAUAUAUCAAGAGAGGAACUGGAGAUAAUUGAAGCUGCUAUUGUGGCUGAAGAAUACAAUAAAAUGGAUGUCUCAAAAUGCUCACUAUAUAAUGGGCCUCAUAUAUUUAUCUUCAGUCUUUUAUGCAUUCCAUUUGUGGCUUGUAUAUCUGCGGCUUAUUCAUUUUAUAUUGGUACUUUAGCCUGGUACAAUAUAUUCACUCAUGUUACGGAGAGAUUUAGUUGGAUUAAAAAGGCGUUUUUUGCACCUAUUGUGAUUCUGUCUUAUCCAUUUUUGAUAGUAUUGUUUACUAUCGGUGUAGGACUGUACGCUGGUAUUGUACAGCUUACGUUCAGUGGAGCGAAUUGGUGGAAAGAUGUAUGUGAUUUUGAGAAAGGCUUUUACGGUUGGCUCUGCAACUUUUUAGGUAUGUCUGAAUGCAGUCCUUAUGAAGUUGUUGUUUUGAUGGAUGUGAAACCAUCUUAAAACUUUUGUGCAUUUAGGCAAUUUGCCAAUAUCACUGCCAUAUUGCCAAGUUGUUUUACACAUAUAAGACAUGAUCAUAUCUUUUAAGCAUUCUUUCGAUAUAUCAAAUUAGUCAUAUCUAGUCAACAUAUGUUUUUUAUAUUACUUUUAUAUUUGUAAUUUUUAUAAAAGUUUAAAGGUAUAGAUGUAUUGGUGAUAAAAUGAAAUGAAGGGGAACAAUUGGAGAAUGUCAAAAAUGGUAGAAAAUUCAUUUUCCUUUCCCAGCCUUUUCUUAUAAAUAAUUGAUGGGAAGGGGAAUUGAUUUUGGCAGUGGUGGGGAUGCAUAGGAAGGGGAAAUAACUUCAUUUUGUCGGACUUCUGUGUUGAUGUAAAAUAGGCAAUGCAAUUGCAGGUGUCUGGGCAGCGGUCUUUCGCUAUUUUGCCGAAUUUGUCGCCUGCUCAAUUAACACAUAUAAAAAAAAGAGUAUUUAAGUUAACAUCAGAAUGGUGUGAAUAUUACGUUGCUCAAUUUCUUCCAUUUUUACUUUUAUAAUCAGAAAGAAUUUUGAUAAUUAUUUUCUAGUCAUAAGUUUAUUGUUAAGAAAUUAAUUUAUAAUAUCUCUACAGUUUGUAUGGAAUGUUUAUAGUAUAUAAAUGAUUAUUUUGAACAGAUUAUGUAUUACCAAAAAAUGUUACUAAAAGAAAUUGACGCACAAACUGCAGUCAUUGUAAUUUUAUCCCAUACAAUUUUUUAAAUGCAAUAUGAAGUGUUAAUGUAUUUACAGUUUGAGAAAUUUUCACUUUUAUCUCAAAUAUUUUACCAUAGU